UCUAUUAGAACAAGAAGGUUGAAAACUAAAUACCAGGUAUUCACUCUGCUGGAGCAAAACUGUCUGAUCCUACUACCAGGUCUGUGAUGGAGAGAUGGAGAAACACUCUCCAUCCUCCAAAAAGAGAGAGGUAUGGCCUGAAAAUUAUGUCAGCAGUGAAGAAAUGGCAGUGGGAAGAGGAACUGGCAUUAACAUAAUAUCCUAUUUAAUAAGUAUAGUCUUUUUUUGCAGCACACUUAAUGGAAGCUAAGUGAAGUUGAGAUAGAACUCAUUUCUCAGGAAGAUUCUUAAUUCUGUGAACACUUUUGUAGGAGGGAAGGGAUCAGUCUGUAAGGCAGCCUGUCCAGGUAAAACUGUGUUCAUUCUACUACGAUGUGAGUAUCGCUGGGUGGAGGGUUAAACCAGCUGCCACACAGCCAGGGCCAGCUACUGAGAGCAUCGAGAUGAAAACACAGGGCGGCAUAGUUCCAAAUCUUAGGAAGGGGCUUUUCGCCGUAGUAUUCGCUUUCUGCCAAGAUUGGGAAUGCGUCACUCUGCCAGAGUACAACUUUUUACAGAUUAUUAAAUAAAGCUGUAUAUGUCUCAUUGUUACCCAACUGCUGGUCUUAUUUCUCUCAAGCCACUCACUGGGGCUCAGGGAGGGACCAAGUUACUGAAUAUGGGCUCUGUGCUGGGCAUUUCCACAUACUUGAUCAUCCAUCCCACCCAGCGAAGAAAUGAAGUCUUGGGAUAAAUAAUUUGCCUAAGGUCAUACCGGAAGCCCAAGUCUGUCUCACACAUCCUCUAUCCAAACCAAAAAUCGUGAGAAGUCCAACCAUGGCUCGUGACGGAGGGGAAGCUGAGGUCUUGGAAAGGUGUGGGGUUGCUGCGUCUGCCCCUCAGCAAUAAUCUACAGCCACUUUUUGGUUUUUCAAACAGACCAGCCUGUAUUUAUCCGGAAAUGUCUCUCUCUGUACCCACCAAGAAUAAUUUCAGGAGGCCACCGUCUCAGGUUAAGUUUGAAUGAUCCAGGAGGUGCUACAGCCAUAGUAUAGCAAGGUUGCAGUGUCUGUGGGAGAAACUGGUAAAAUGACUCGGACCCUGCUCAGUCUGGUAGAGAAGAUGAAACAUGCACGCGGACAGAUACAGGCCACCAAGCUGAGUUCCCGACAUUGCAGGCCAACACAGAGUCCAGAGCUGGCGGAGUCUGAUGGACAGUUCCUCUUAUAAUCCACACUGCUGCAGCCUUUUUGGCCCCACUUGGCAGGAAUGGUUUCCCAUCUUAGCCUUGUGCCUGGAGUCAGGCCUCAACUGAAUGCACCUUACUGACCCUAACUGCACUCUUUCCUCUUCUAAUUUUCAUUUUCUUCCUGUUCAGUCCAAAAAAUUUUUGGGUGCGGGCUUUGUGAGAGAAAGGGAAGUGGCCAGGUAUACUAUCUGUGAGAUUGGAUAAAGCUCUCUUCCAGCCCAGCUGGCAUAGCUCAGUGGUUGAGCAUUGAUUUAUGAACCAGGAGGUCACAGUUCAAUUCCGGUCAGGGUACAUGUCCCGGUUGUGGGCUUGAUCCCCAGUAGUGGGGUAUGCAGGAAGCAGCUCUCUCUCUCCUCCCUUCCUCUCUAAAAUAAAUAAAGAUAUAUAUUUUUUUCAAAAGCUCUCUUCCAAAUCAUUUAAUCCAGUUCACAUGGCAAAGUGGAUUGUCUUACAGAGAACAGCUGAGGAGAGUUAAGUUAUUUGGCCAAGGUCACUCACUAGAAAAUGUUCCUAGUUCUUCCAAAAAUCAAUGUAUUUUUUUUGAGCACCUGCUACAGGCUGGGCCCUUAGCGCCUUCCUAUAUGUUUCCUUCUAUUGGCCCAGUGAGAUACACGCUAGUUCCAUUUUUUGGAUGAGAAAUGGUCACAAAGCUGCUAAGGUCGGAUCUAGGCUCUAGUGGAGUGCACCUCCCCUCUGACUCCUUCAGCUCUCCAUGCCCAGUGCUCAUGGCGUUCACGCCAAACCAACCUUGCCGAGCAGAAAUGGAGAACCUGAGCUGGAGUCCGCUGUAUCAGAGCGGUGGGUCAUUUGGUGUUUUAAAAAAUCUGCAGUAACACUAAGCCCCCUAAUGGAAAGGCUGCAAGUGGGUUUGGUUAUUGCGAUUUCAACAAGCUGGGAACUUAAGUUACGUUUCUGUGACUGAAGGUAACAAUGAUCAAAGGCCAUGGUAUCAGAGAUUCUUUAUCCCAGUUGAGUGAUUUCCAAGCUCGGGGUGUGCAUCAGAGUUACCUGGAAGGCUUGUGAAAGAUUGUUCCUUGCUCAGUAGAUCUGAGAUAGGGCCCGGGAAUGUGCAUGUCUAACAAUUCCUGGAUGAUGCUGAGGCUGCUGGUCUCCAAGGACCACACUUGGAGAAGCGCUACCCAAAGGUCUUGCUACUCAAAGUGUCUGCAGAACAGCAACAAGGGUGUCACCUGGGAGUAGUUAGCAAUGCAGACUCUGAACCCCACCCACCACAGACACACUUACCCGAAUCUGCUGUGAACAAGAUCCCUGGGUGAUUCCUAUACACAUGGAAGGUUGGGGCACAUCACUCCAGGGCAGUGCUUCCUGGACUUGCCAGGCACAGGGAUUGCUUACCUUGUUUAAAAUCCAGAGUCCUAGGCUGCUCCUCCGGUGACUUGCAUUCAGAUGUGGGAGAAUCUCAAGGUUCUGAUACUAACAAGCCCCUCCGGUGAAUAUUAUAAUCAGGUAAACCUGGAGACUCCUGCUCAUUUGCCUCAGUUUUGUGUUCCUUGGGUAAGACCAAGCUGUGAAGGCAGAAAAACAAAACAAAAAACCUCUCCCUCCAGGAUCAUGACAAGGCAGCUGCUUCUGCCCAGGAAACAGGAACUUGGGGAAGGUGGCUCCUUGAUGGUCUGUGAUGCCGUCAGAGGAAAUGAGUGGUUGUGAGAACCACAGAGUCUGCAGAUGUGAGCGAGGAGCCCCGAGGACUCUGCCACGGGCUCAGAGAGCUCCGGGCCUCCUCUGGCCCACUUGUGCUUGGGAGGCUCCCCCAGUCCAGGCUCCCGUCCCAUCCCAGGUAACCAGCCACAGGCAGAAACCAGGCUGCCAAAAAGCCCUAUCGAGGGCCUCUCCCUGAAGAUUCUCCCAGGCCAAGAGGGCGCUGGGUGUCCUAGGACUAAGGAUGUUGACAGGCUUCCAGAAGGAUCCCCCACAGCCCUAACCUCUCCAGCCAGAGCAUGUGUCUCAGCGGAGCCCCCAUUCCAAGCCUCGGGUGACAGGAGAACAAUUUCUCUCCACGAUGAGCUUCUGAGAGCUCUUCUGAGGAGCAAUGGGAAGUCAGCCCAGCAGAGGGAAAACCCUGCCAAGCCCAAACUCAAGUCCAUCGGUCCAAGUCCUGGACCCUGUACCCAUGCAACCAGAGAGGAGAAAGCCCACAGCCGUGGCCCUGGGCAGUUUCCCGGUAGGAGAGCAGGCAGAGCUGUCACUGAGACUGGGGGAGCCACUGACCAUCCUCUCUGAAGACGGAGACUGGUGGACGGUGCUGUCAGAGGGCUCGGGCAGAGAGUACAGCAUCCCUAGCAUCCAUGUGGCCAAAAUCUCCCAUGGGUGGCUGUACGAGGGCCUGAGCCGGGAGAAAGCUGAGGAAUUGCUGUUGCUGCCCGGAAACCCUGGAGGGGCCUUCCUCAUUCGGGAGAGCCAGAGCAGGAGAGGCUGUUACUCCUUGUCAGUCCGCCUCAGCCGCCCUGCAUCCUGGGACCGGAUCAGACACUACAGGAUCCAGCGCCUUGACAACGGCUGGCUGUACAUCUCGCCCCGCUUCACUUUCCCCUCACUCCAGGCCCUCGUGGACCAUUACUCUGAGCUGGCGGAUGACAUCUGCUGCCUCCUCAAGAAGCCCUGUGCCCUGCGGAGAGCUGGCCCAGUCCCUGGCAAGGACAUACCUUUACCUGUGACUGUGCAGAGGGCACCCCUCAAUUGGAAAGAGCUGGACAGCUCCCUCCUGUUCUCGGAAGCACCUGCCACCGGGGAGGCGUCUCUCAUCAGCGAGGGACUCCGGGAGGCCCUCAGCUCCUACAUCAGCCUGACUGACGACAUCUCCUUGGACGAUGCCAAAGCCCAGAGGCCAAAAGGGGAGCCAAGGUUGUAGCACCUAAAUACCAAGGUGCUCAGCCUAACUGCGAUCCCACAGGCAAGACUGUACUGCGUGAGGGGAGAACAGGGAUACAGAGGCACAUUCACGGUCCCACCUCUUACCUUGUUCCUUCCUCUCAGCUCUAAGAAGUCAUAUACCUCCUCCCAGUGGCAUGGCCCUACCUGCAAUCUCUAGUUCAAGGACGGACCAGCUGAGAGCAAAGCCAGGGCUCCAAAGAAUCUAAACUUCCUCUGGGGUCUAACGUAGUCUGUGCCCAAGUUUGGGAAUUCCAGCACAUCUUCCUCCCCUGGUAACUAUCAGUCCCAUUCAAACUUGCUAACCAGUUUCCCAGCCCCACUCAAGGCAAACACAUUUAAAAAAAAUUUACAAGGGGCAGGAAAGCAGAAGGAAGAGAUGGUACACCAGAGCAACAGAACCUGGACUGUCCGGCUUCCCCCUGACCCUAGAGCAAAGAGGACAUCUGACAGAACAAGUCCUGAACUGUCCUCACCAAGCCCCUUCUCUGGACAGUUGUAGCUCUCAGAUUUCAUUUCAUUUUGCAACUUAUUAUUGGGAUCUGGCUAAGCCUUAAUGGCCUUGCCAUCUAGUGGCCUAAUGCAAAAUGACACCUUCUGAGACUAGGACAGUGUGAUGAGGUCACUUCUGUGUGGCUCCCAGUGCUGGGCAGGGGCACUAGGCAUCAGAAAGUGGUAAGCCCUCUCUCUACAAAGCUUAGACCUUGGCCUUAACCCAUCAAAGGAAAGAAGCCUGGCUGGGGCUGCUAAAGGAGCAGGAAGAGGACGAGGGAUGGAGAUGGGAGGUCACCACUUCUAGUGUUCCGACUAGGUUCUUAAGCUAGAGGUGAAGGUGGGAAAAGGCUUUAACCAGGUAUCAUCAACAGUUGUCAAUUAAAGAUCUGAUUUAUUCAAGUAUGUGAAAACAUUCUACAAUGGAAAUUGUUACCAGAUACUGCUUAUUCUGUGCUAUGGACCACACACAUAUUGCCAUACUGUUUUUUGGAAGACUUGAAAUGCCACUGACAGUUUAAAAAUUGUACACCUGAUGGAGAAGUGAGGAAGACAAUUUAAUGUUUCAUCCAGAUCCAGAGAUGCAUCAAAUUAAAUGACAGCUUCAAUCUGCAAACAAGUGUUUCAUGAUGGUAUCCAAGAAGAAAUGAUUGGUGAUGGACAAUUAGAAAUGCCUUCCCAAAGGUGGAUAGUUCUUUAAAAAGUUUCAGGUCACAACCCUUGCAGAAAACACUGAUGCCCAACACAGAUUCUCGGUCCAGGAAACAGGGGUCUUCCAGGUUCCAUGUGGCUGAGGUGCCCC